GCGAGAGAGCUUCCCCUGUUGCACGCGACCAACUCAUCAAAGCCUCCCCCCCAACGCCGCAGUCGACCCAUCCGAGACUCUGCACCGAAGCGACGCUGGCCGUGCUGUCACUCCCUCCCAAGAUACCAUUCAAUUGGCCAUCCCAGGCUCCUAACCGGCAUCCUCGAAGAAGAAAGAGACCACGACCACGAAACGCGGAACUACUUUAACAGCUUCAUCACAAUCUACAACCCAAAAAUGGAGGCCAGGACAUUAACCAGACCAGCCGCCACCCUGGCAUCCCUCCUCCGUCAACAAGCAACCACCACCACCGUCCCCCGACGAGGCCACAAGACCUUCUCCCGCACAAAGCGCGCCCUCAACAUCCCCCCCCACCCCGACUUCCUCCCCUCGACCCCAGCCGCCGGCGACACAAUCAUCUACAACCCGCCCUCCGCCGCCCCCUCCGUCUACCACACCCCCUUCAAGUUCCUCCCAGCCACCGACCCCCGCCGCCGCGCAAACCUCUCCACCCUCUUCGCCUCCUCCUCAUCACAAUCCUCCUCAAGAUCAACAGCGACAUCCCCCCCCCUCCCUCCAGCCCUCAACGUCCCCUCCCGCGGCGCCACCCCGCGCUACCACCUCUCCAAGGACGACGUCGCCGAGAUCCGCAAGCUCCGCGCCCAAGACCCGGAUUUCUGGUCCGUCUCGGCCCUCGCGCGCAAGUUCGACUGCUCCGAGACCUUCAUCACCAUCUGCACCCCCGCGCCCCGCGAACACACGGAGCGUCUGGCGCGCAAGCUCGAGGCCGUCAAGGGUCGCUGGGGUGGUAUCCGUACAAAGGCCCGCGAGGACCGCUCGCGCAGAAAGGAGAUGCUCUUCCGGGGUGAGCUGUAAAAGGCAGUAGAGACGCAAAACCGAAAAAGAGCUACGCGAGGCGGAAAAAAAACCCCCCAUUUGGAACGGGGUUUUGGGCAGCUUGGGAUGGAACGCCUGAGUUUCUGUUACUGUACUUGUGGCGAUGGAGAUGAGCAUUGGGGGAAGAAUUGCUGUUCCGAGGCAGCCGUGCUACAAGCAAGGUUCUCUGUAUCACCAAGGGAGAAGAAAAGGGGGCGGGCCAGGAGGGGCGGCAUAUGGCACAUUUAUUCUCUGUACCAUCAAAACCAUUAGGGAGUGUCACAAAAUCGGCUGGGAGACAUGUAGGAUAGAGGCAGGUCACGAUACGCGUUGGCCGAAAAAACUCCCAACCAAUCUGUACAAUGAGAGAGAUAUAAAAACGUCGAAAGGCCAUAGAAACUUGUGUAUAAUUCUUUUACCCAAAUUCGCCCAUCAUACGACG